UAAAGCAGCACAUACACUCCUCCACUCCGCCGCCCUUCUGCGCAUAUCGCUGGCCUGACUCGCGACUCUGGGGCUUUGUUGGGUGCUUUCAAUGCGCGCCAUUCAUUCAGUGUUGCGAGUUUUUUUCCAGCGUGUGCAACACGUCCACAAACGCCUGCGCACAAGGAAGUUGAGUUUGCGGCAUAAUGUUGCAAAAUUGACAGCACAUUGGAAAAAUAGAAGAGUUUAAUAACAACAACAACAACAAUCAUAAGUUUGCCUAUUUCCAAUUGGCUUCCAACGUGUCUACAAGUGUGUGUAUGUGUGUGUGAGUGGGGUGAAUGAAUAACAUAAAACAGACAACGAAAGCAUAUAAAAUAAACAAUUCCAUUUCGGGCACGGCGUCUGCUUCGUUGGUCAGCUGGAAGGAAGUGGCGCUGUUGUUGCUGUAAGUGGUGGUGGUUGUGGGGGAGUGUGUGUGUGCGUUAGUUUAUAUGUGUGUAUAGCUAGCUCAUAGCAUAGCACGCACUGCCAAAUGAGAAAUGAUUAAAAAGCCCGCACAGCAGAGACAAUUAUGUAUUCGUCAAGUGCUGACGCGUUUUGACCACUUGGAUUGAAACAUCUCAUCAUCAAAAUCAUCUCUAACCCAAUCCCGAAUCUCACAUCUCUUGCUUAACAAUGUGCUACGUGAUUAUAACGAGUGUGAGUCUAGUCUGGUUCCUUUGCUCGCUGGUCGCCGACAUGCUGCUCGCUGUCUCGCUGGUCACGCCCAAGUGGCUAAUUGGACCACCUAAUCCUAGUCUCAAUUCGAGUGCGUCGCAUCGUUAUCCCUCGGUUGGUAUCUAUACGCGUUGCAAGCAAACGCAUUCGGGUUAUCAUUGUGGCAGCUUUGAUCUGGAUGGCUUUGCCACCGAUGGCAGCGUUUAUCCCUGGGAAUGGAAGCUGGCUAUGUUCUUCAUGUCACUUGGUUUCGCGCUGCUCUCGCUCACCGUGGCUGCCACACUGUUGACUUGCUGUCGCCAAUCCGCUUGUGGCAAGAGCAUACACAACAUGACCGCCUGUGCCCAGGUGUUGGCGGGCAUCUCGGUUAUGUUGGCCAUGUUUUUGCAUCCCUUGGGAUGGCGUGCGCCGCGCGUGCAACGUCUCUGUGGCACGGAGGCAGAACCCUUCUAUCCCGCCGACUGCAGCAUAGGCAUCUCAUUCUACUGUGGCAUACUGAGCAUUCUGCUGACGCUUGCUGCUGCUGGCAUCAGUCUCAAGGCAGAGUCCUCCAAUCUAAGGACACGCGUGCGACGUCGCGUCGAGGCGGGCAGCAAACUUGUUUGCAUUCCUUGAGCAUACAUAAAUGCGAAUUUAAUUGGGCAUUUUGCACUUAAUUUAAUUUCGAAUUUAACAUAAAUAAACAACUAUACAUCUUUUCUAUCUAAC